UAUCUUAAUGGACCUUUCGCAUCGGUCGGCGUGACUGCCCCUGCCGCCUCUUCUAAUAUUUCCACAGUUCAUGUGACGGCUGGCCCAACCACCGCGCUUUCGACUGCACCAAUCACCGUGGUUGUGACUUCAGUCUAUACUCUUUCAAUAACCACGAACAGCGCGGGACUCCCAACGUCUGGGACAUCGACAACAGCAUUUGUACAGAUAUCGACAUUAUCAAGCCUACCCUUGACGACAAUAUUCACGCCGCCGACGUCCUGCUCAACUAGACCAUUCACCCUGUCAACAUCGAACAACAUACUCGUUGGGAUUUGGAAUUACUCGUCAAACUCCGUAGACCUUUGCUAUCCCCCUGAUUGGGCUACAGCAAAGACAAACUAUUACACACCAGGAGUCUGCCCAAAAGGCCAUACAUACGCUGGCAUCGACGUCGGUUCUGAAUCUCUAGAUGUUCGAUACACUCCUGUCAACUGUUGUCCAAGUGGUAUGGAUCUCGUGGGUACUCAGUACCGCACCUUAGUAACCACGACAACCUACGCACUUUUGCCAGACUUGAGAACAGGUACCAUUACCAAUUUUCCCUUGAGUGGUUUCGCCACUCCCUUGAGAGUGGUAUGGAAUUGGGACAAUCUGUCAAAAUUCACACCAAACGCCGCUCCAGUAGUGGCAUAUGCGAACAGAGACAAGCCCCUUUCUUCAGGACUUUCUGUCGGAGCAAAAGCUGGCAUCGGAAUUGGGGUGGCCCUUGGUGUCCUCCUAUUGGUAGAGGUGGUCAUCUUCGCAAUGUUCCGAGUCCGCAAAAGAGAGGCUGGACAAUUCACUCCUGCUUCACCAGACGAAGGGGACGUUAAGCCAGAGCCUGCUGCUGUUAUGGCGCUGGAGAGGAAGACUAUGGCUGAAUUUGACGAUCAGGGCGAGAGCAGAGAGAUGGAGGGGGAUGCAAUGUUCCCGGAGCUGGCGCAUCUCAUCAAGAGCUCAGAGCUUGAGGUGCCUCAUAAAGUCCACGAGCUACCAGGG